AACAAGUAUUCCCCCAUUAUUUCAGUCUCUCUCGCUCACUCUCCCUUUCUCUCACGCCCGAUCCUACCGCGCUCCCGACCAAAUCGCCGGCAGGUUUCUCAGCUAACCUCGCCCUUCUACCUCCUUCGGAAACGAUCGCUUCCAAUUCACUGAUACCGCCUGCGGUGUAUUACUUGUGAACUUUCCAUUACAGGAAAAGAUGAGUUCGGUUAGAGGAGGUGAUCAAUCAUCCAAGUGGAAAAAUGUAUCAGAAGUCAAUAGCCCUAAGGUUGACCACUUGAAUAAUAAAAUGGCAGACAUCAACCUGAACUCAGAACAAGAUGAUGGUCAAUGGGAGGUUGCAAGGAAGCCCAAGAACAGAGCUGGAAGCAGUGCUGCAAAACAAAUGGGUUCUCAGAGUAGUAAUAAUUCUAGAGCUUGGGGAAAUCCAAAUAUGGGUCAAAAACAAUGGAUGCGAGGUAACGGUGCCCCAGGAAGGGCUUCUGUGAAUUCCUGGUCAACACAAACUGCUGAUUCUAAGCGACCUGCAGGUAGGGGACAGCCAAGGCACCAAGCAUCCACUAGGGGCUUUGAGGGUAACCAUGUACCUCCACAACCUGCAAUUGGCCCUCCAUUGGAGCAUGGAUGGAACUGGCCUGCUAUAUCUGUUUCCACUCAAUCCAAGGGUUUAGAAGAUGGCCAGUUGAAGGAUGAAACCAUUUUGAACUCCCGUCAUGACAAUGAUGUCGAGGCUGAUAAGGAUGACAAUGUUGAUGAGGCUGAAGAUGAUGACUCUGAUGUCAUGGAAGAUACUGAUGAGGAUAUGAGUGAUGAUGAUGACUCUGAUGCUAGUCAAAAGAGCCAUAACACUCGAAAGAAGAGCAGAUGGUUCAAGAAGUUCUUUGAAAUUUUGGAUAGCUUGUCUGUAGACGACAUAAAUGAUCCGGCAAGGCAGUGGCAUUGUCCUGCAUGCCAAGGUGGUCCUGGUGCCAUUGAUUGGUAUCGAGGGCUGCAGCCUUUGAUGACACAUGCCAAAACCAAAGGGGCAAACAGGAUGAAGAUCCACAGGGAGCUGGCUGAACUCUUGGAGGAAGAAUUGCGCGUGAGGGGAACAUCGGUUAUUCCGGCUGGAGAGGCAUUUGGUAAGUGGAAAGGUCUGAAAGUUGAUGAAAAAGACCAUGAAAUAAUUUGGCCUCCGAUGGUUGUCAUCAUGAACACAAGGCUUGAACAGGAUGAAAAUGAAAAGUGGGUAGGAAUGGGGAAUCAAGAGCUUCUUGAUUACUUCAGCUCAUAUGCUGCUAUUAAGGCUCGACACUCGUACGGUCCACAAGGCCAUCGUGGUAUGAGUGUUUUGAUCUUUGAGGCAUCUGCAAGGGGUUAUUUGGAAGCUGAACGCCUGCAUAAGCAUUUUGCUGAGCAAGGAACUGAUAGAGAUGCUUGGGAGCACCGUCGUACUCGUGUCUUAUUUUAUCAAGGUGGGAAGCGCCAGCUUUAUGGCUACAUGGCAGUGAAAGAGGAUUUGGAUACAUUUAACUAUCAUUCCCAAGGAAAAUCUAAGCUGAAGUAUGAGAUUAGAUCAUACCAGGAGAUGGUUGUGAACCAAAUUAGGCAGAUGAGUGAGGACAACCAGCAGCUUAUCUAUUUGAAGAACAAGGUUGUGAAGGAAAAGAGUUAUUCAAAAGCUAUUGAAGAAUGUCUUGGUAUUACGAGUGAGAGGCUGCGCAAGACACAGGAGGAGAUGCGCAUUGUAAAACACAGAACCAAAUUGCAGCAUGAAGAGAACAAGGAAGAGAUGUACCUUCAAGAACAAUUUUUUAAGGACCAGAUCAAAACCAUACAUGAAUCAAGGGAGGCCAAGGAAGAAGAUUUCGAGAAGCUGCAGCAAGAAGAGCGUGAUAAGGUGAAGCAGUUAAAUGAGAAUCCUUCAAAUGCAGACGAAUACAAGCUCAGGGUGGAGGAAAUUGAAAAAUACAUAAAGUUACAAGACAGAGAGAUGGAAGAUUUCGCGGAGGAGAGAGACAAACUAAUUAAAGUUCACGAAGAGAAGAUGGCUGCAAUGAAGCGGAGGCACUGGGAAGAAGAAGUAGAGCUGGAAAAAGAGUUCAAUGCUGAACUAACCCAGCUCAUGGACAAGUACACUCCCCCACAGCGCCCCGAUGAUUCCACCACCAACAGCUUUUGACGGUGGAGUGGAAAAGCCUGCUUCUCCUCUCCCCCACCUCCUUGAACAGAAAGCUCCCUGCGCACUUUGCCACUAAUUCCUUAGGAACUUUAAAAGACGCUAUAAACUUUUUCCUCGGGUUAAUGGUACACGUUCAAAGAAUAUACUCCAAAGAUAGAAACAGGGAAAAUAAUAGUUGUUCGUGUGGACUCUGACAAGUGUCCUGCAGUUUACUCGCAUCAGCUGUUUUAUUUUGUGGUUUUCGUAACUAUGGUAUGAUUUGCAGUUGGGUUAAUUAAGAGGUUUGGUUGAGGGCUCUUUGGUGGUGC